AUGUCAAGAUUUCUUCACUCCUUUGUCUCAAGCGUCUCUGGAGCUGUGCAGGACGUUCCGCGUCAUCGUUUACCGCUGCUCUGCGCAGCUGGGCUGGGCAUCACCGCCAUCGCCUCCUGGGUGUGGUGGAGGAGAACACAUUGGCAGCUGUCUCAGGUGGGCACAGUGUCGCAGCUCCUCAUAUACCCCAUUAAGUCAUGCCGUCCUGUCUCGGUUCAAGAGGCUGAAUGCUUGGAUCUUGGUUUGAGAAAUGGGGAGCUCGAAGAUCGGCACUGGCUGGUGGUGGCAGAGGACGGUCACAUGGUGACCGGCAGGCAGGAGCCUCGAAUUGUCCUGAUCAAUGUUAACAGGCUUGGAGACUCUCUUUGUCUUGAUGCUCCUGGAAUGGAGAAGAUAAUGGUGCCCUUUUCUCAGCCGAAGACCAACAAGGUGUUGGACUGCCGGGUCUUCGGAACUGACAUCCAAGGCCGAGAUUGCGGAGACGAUGUGUCUCGGUGGCUGACCGCAUAUUUUCAAAGCAGCCAGCCAUACCGCUUGGUGCACUAUGAGCCUGGUGUCAUGAAACCACGAAAGGCAAGGGAGCAGGAAAAACCAUUUCGGGACAAAGACAUCAUUGCUUAUUCAGAUGCUGGCCCUGUCAUGCUCCUUUCUGAAACGUCCCUGGAGGAGCUGAACAAGCGAUUAGAGAAUCCGGUCACUCUGGGAAAUUUCAGGCCCUGCAUUGUGGUGUCUGGAUGUGAGGCUUUUGCUGAGGAUGGCUGGAAUGAUGUGAAAGUGGGCACCACAGAGCUUAAGAGGGUCAUGGCCUGUGGCCGUUGUCUCCUGACCACAGUGGAUCCGAAUACCGGAGUCAUGAGCCGGAAGGAGCCUCUGGAAACGUUGAGGACCUUCCGAAAGAGCGAUUCUUCUUUGAGCCAUCUAUACAAGAACUCUCCACUUUUUGGGCAAUACUACGGAGUGGAGCAAACCGGGAAACUGAGAGUGGGAGAUCCAGUCUAUGUCAAGGUCCGCAAAGAUUAA